AUGUUGACUAUAGGCAUACAAAUACAAAACGGGUUGGGAUUGGUUUCUUAUUGUUUGGUUAUUUAUUUUCAAAAUGUUAAAUCGUAUAAUGCUGGGAUAUUAACAGCUUUAUCUAAUCGAAUUGGGGAUGUGGCUUUUUUAUUGGCAAUUGCUUGGAUAUUAAAUUAUGGAAGAUGAAAUUAUAUUUUUUAUUUAGAAACUAUAAAGCAUAGUGUGGAGAUAGAAAUUAUUGGAAGAUUAAUUAUAUUAGCCGCUAUAACUAAGAGAGCUCAGAUUCCUUUUUCAUCUUGAUUGCCAGCUGCUAUAGCUGCUCCUACCCCUGUUUCUGCUUUAGUUCAUUCUUCUACGUUAGCGACUGCGGGGGUUUAUUUAUUAAUUCGAUUUAAUAUUUUAUUAAGUGGUAGAUGGUUCGGGGAUUUGCUUUUAUUAUUAUCUGGGUUAACUAUAUUUAUGGCUGGGUUAGGGUCUAAUUUUGAAUUUGACUUAAAGAAGAUUAUUGCUUUAUCUACUCUUAGACAAUUAGGCUUAAUAAUGAGACUUUUAUCUAUAGGGUUGUAUAAACUUGCUUUUUUUUAUUUGUUGACUCAUGCGUUGUUUAAGGCUUUGUUGUUUAUGUGUGCUGGAGCAAUUAUUCAUAAUAUAAAUAAUUCUCAAGAUAUUCGUUUAAUAGGGAGAUUGGGUGUUUAUAUACCUUUGACUUCUAGGUGUUUUAAUGUAGCUAAUUUAGCUUUAUGUGGGAUGCCUUUUUUAGAUGGAUUUUAUUCUAAGGAUUUAAUUUUAGAAAUUGUUUCUUUAAGAUAUAUUAAUAUAUUUUCUUUUUUUUUAUAUUUUUUUUCUACUGGCUUAACGCUUUGUUAUUCUUUUCGGUUGGUGUAUUACUCUAUAACUGGGGAGUUAAAUUGUGGUUCUUUAAACAUGCUUAGUGAUGAGGGUUGGAUUAUGUUGCGAGGUAUGAGAGGUUUAUUAGUUAUGAGAAUUAUUGGAGGAGGAAUAUUAAGUUGAUUAAUUUUUCCUACUCCCUAUAUGGUCUGUUUGCCCAAUAUUCUGAAGUUAUUAACUUUAUUUGUUUGUGUUGUAGGGGGAGUAUUGGGUUAUUUAAUUUCAAGUGUUUCUUUAUUUUAUUUUAAUAAGUCUUUACAUAAUUAUUUGGUAAGUUACUUUUUUGGUUCAAUGUGGUUUAUGCUUUAUAUUUCUACUUAUGGAAUUAUUGGCCACUCAUUGGUUUUAGGGGGUAGAGUCUGUAAGUCCUUUGAUCAAGGUUGAUCAGAGUUUUUAGGGGGUCAAAAUUUAUAUAGUGAUUUAGUUAAGUAUUCUCGCUAUAUAUUUGUUAUGCAUAAUAAUAGUUUAAAGAUUUACUUAUUAUUAUUUGUUUUAUGA